GCCUUCCAGAUGGCCAUAACUUUCAGUUCAGUAAGAGGUACUUCAUGUUAGACUGCCAGGCUCUUGAAAAGGCUCUUUUUCCUCAACCUCCCUCCCCUUCCCUCUGCCAUGUCCAUGUUCUGCUUUAAUAAAGGCUGUGGGCAGCACUUUGACCCAGAUGCCAACCUCCCAGAUAGCUGUUCCCAUCACCCUGGGAUACCCAUCUUCCAUGAUGCCCUUAAGGGUUGGUCUUGCUGCCAUAAGCGAACAACAGAUUUCUCUGAGUUCUUAAGCAUCCAGGGCUGCACCCUGGGACCACACUGUGCUGAGAAACCUCAGGCGAGCCCUGGUUCUGGAAGUGCCCUCCAGGGGCCCAAGCACUUGGACUCAAUGCCCAAGUCGGCAGAGAUGCUUCGCCGGGAAAGGCCUAAGGAAGAGUUAGACCUGUGCCUCCUGCCACUCCGUGUGUCUCGUGCCCUGGAGACUGCCCUGGAACAGAAGGAACCUGAACUAGAAGACCCUCAGCCUGGAACAGGACUACCCAACACUGUGGUCCAUCCUGGCUCCAUCUGCCAGAACCCAGGAUGUGGUGCUGUGUUCCAAGGCUCUGAGAGUGAUGCCAGCCCUUGUAGCUUCCAUCCUGGAGGACCUCUGUUUCAUGAGGGGAUGAAAUCUUGGAGCUGUUGUGGUGUGCCAACCGUGGAUUUUGGUGCUUUCCUGGCACAGCCAGGGUGCAGCCUGGGUACACAUGUCUGGCAGAAGCAGCAAUGGGUCUCCUGCCGCCAUGACUGGCAUCAGACAGCCUCGGUAGUAGUGGUGACUGUGUAUGGCCAGAGACCACUGCCUGCUCUCAGUUGGGUGAAGGCCAGUCAAACCAAGCUUCACAUCCACAUAUCUUUUGAGGGCAACCGGGUUUUCCAGGAGCAACUGGAACUCUGGGGGGUCAUAGCUGUGGAACAGAGCUCUGUCUCUCUCAUGCCAUCCCGGGCUGAGAUCUCCUUGAGCAAGGCUGACCUGGGGCCUUGGGCCCAGUUGGAGCAGCCAGGCACAAGGAUGCCAGCUGAGAAGGUUGGGGAGGAUGUUGGGCCUGGAAUGAUUGGAGAGGAGCCUGAGGAUUCAGAGGAUGAUUUGAGCUGGACAGAGGAAGAGGAGGAAGGAGAGUGACCACUAGACAGUUCUUCCUCUGGAUGUGGAUGGCUUCUUUCUCAGAAGUCUCCC